CUCUCUCUCUCUCUUCAUGUCCUCCACGAAUCGCACUGCGGGACUGAUCAUGAUCAUGGCCAAACUCGUCCCUCUCGCCACGGCCGUCCUCUUCCUGUCCGUCACUUGUCCCCAUCUCUCCCGCGCCGCGUACCCCAUCGGCGUCAACUACGGCACCGUCGCCGACAACCUCCCCCCGCCAUCCCAAGUCGCCGCCUUCCUCAAGUCCAAGACUACCAUCGACCGGGUCAAGCUCUUCGACGCCAACCCCGACAUCCUCCGCGCCUUCGCCGGCACCGGCAUCGCCGUCACCGUCACCGUCGGCAACGGCGACAUCGUCUCCCUCUCCAAGCUCCCCGCGGCCCAGUCCUGGGUCGCCGCCAACAUCUUGCCGUUCUACCCCCAGACCCUCAUCAACUGCAUCGCCGUCGGCAAUGAGAUCCUCGCCACCUCCGACAAGACCCUCAUCGCGCGCCUCUUGCCCGCCAUGAAGGCCCUGCACUCGGCCCUCCAGGUCGCGAACGUCACCAACGUCCAGGUCACGACACCGCACUCGCUCGGGAUACUCUCGUCGUCGGAUCCUCCGAGCACCGGCCGGUUCCGCCGGGGGUACGACCGGGUCAUAUUCGCUCCGAUCCUGGAUUUCCACCGCCAGACGAAGUCCGCCUUCAUGGUGAACCCGUACCCGUUCUUCGGGUUCUCCGCCAAGACCCUGAACUACGCGUUGUUCAAGCCGAACGCCGGCAUCUUCGACGCGGCGACGGGGAUAAACUACACGAACAUGUUCGACGCCCAGAUGGACGCGGUCUACUCGGCGAUGAAGAAGGUGGGUUACGAGGACGUGGAGAUCUCGGUGGGAGAGACGGGGUGGCCCUCGGUGGGCGACCCCAACCAGCCGGACGUGAACAUGGAGAACGCGGUGUCGUACAACGGGAACCUGGUGAGGCACGUGAACUCCGGGAAGGGAACGCCGUUGAUGCCGAACAGGACGUUCGAGACUUACGUCUUCGCGCUGUUCAACGAGGACCUGAAACCGUCGACCUCGGAGCGGAACUACGGGCUGUUCAAGCCGGAUCUGACUCCGGUUUACGACGUCGGCAUCAUGAGAAACGAACCGGCUAGUGGACCCGGUCCGACGGCCCCGCCAGCGAGCUCGGGCAAGAAAUGGUGCGUGCCGCGGUCGGACGCGAGCGACCAGGCGCUGCAGGCGAACAUCGACUACGUGUGCGGCGCCCAGGUGGACUGCAAGCCCAUACAGGCGGGCGGGGCCUGCUUCGACCCGGACACGGUGCGGUCGCACGCGGCGUACGCCAUGAACGCCUACUACCAGGCCUUCGGGGGGCACGACUACGACUGCGACUUCGGGAAGACCGGGACGAUCACGGCCGUCGAUCCCAGUUACGAGGCGUGCGCGUAUCCCGAGGGUGCUGGGAGCGUGAGAGUGGAAGAGAAGAAGUCGGUGACGGGAGGAUCGAGGAGCCCGUAUUGGAAAUCCCAAGAGUUGUUUAUGGGAGGAUGUUGCUUUUUGUUCGCACACUUUGUAUUUAUGUGAAGAGACAAAAAAGGAAAUUUGAACGUUACACUUACACCCGCUUUUUUUGUGAUGGGAGCAAAUCGCGGUUUUAUAUAAUAACGUUUUAUUUGGCUUUUAGGGA